AUGGCGCCGCCCAUCGUCACCGCCACUCUGCAGGCUGCCGUCAUCAAUGCAGCCUCGAAUAUCGUCGCGCAAGCAAUUACCGCGUAUAGGUCUCAGACCCCCCUCCAGCUAGACUACACAGCUCUGGGGCAGUUCACUGCGGUGGCCCUCAUAAACACGCCCCCAACGUACCUGUGGAUGGUCAAUCUUGAGUCGACCUUUCCGGGGCAGCGCACGGUUACACAGGACUCACACCCGAAAAAGUCGGAUGACGAGAAGAAAAAGAAUGGCCAGGCGGAGCAGAAGUUGCAUGUCAGAAAUACAAUUAUCAAGGUUAUCAUUGACCAAACUAUCGGCGCUUCUGGGAUGUUGAUACUGUUCCUGAGCACCAUAACCAUCUUACGCGGUGGGACAGUGGAGGAUAUUUUUCAGACGGUUCAGAAUGAAUAUUGGCCGAUUAUGCUUGCUGGGCUAAAAGUAUGGCCACCGGUCUCGCUGCUGAGCUUUACGCUCAUUCCGGUGGACAAGCGAAUGCUUUUUGGGAGUACCUGUGGGUUUAUAUGGGCUAUAUAUCUCAGUCUGGCAACGGCAUAG